CUUUUCACUCGUCGCCCUGAACUCAUAGAGAAAGAGUGAUUGACCGACGUCCACCGCGGCGGUCAACAGCGCGCAUCACAAUCCACCCAUCUCGUGCCAUCCAAACCCAAUCAGGAUCGUCCUACCCUACCCUAGUUCCAACUACCCUGGUCGAUCGAAACGUGCUACGCGCCCCGUCUCUUUUAUCUCAUACGCGCACGGCAUGCCAACCUUGCGCGCCCAUCCUCCCCCUCCCCUACCACCAGCCGAGCAUGCCCAUGGGCACCAUACGCCGGCGCCGCUCCUCUUUGACCCAGUGCCUCUUCCGAGUCAGGCCGUUCUGCAGCUCCGCAAAGACUGGAAGUUCGCCGGGGUGUGUCAAUUUAUCUUCACUUUCGAGGAGGCGCUACAGCUGGGGGAAUUCGAGACUGAGGACUUCGAAGAUGACCUCACCUUGGGGACGCAUAAGAUCAUCAACAAGAUGAUGCACAAGCUCCUCACCAUCCUUACUUACGACAGACGCAUAACAGAAGAUGAUUGGGAACGGUUUCUACGACACCAGUAUGAACGACGCGAGCCCGAAAUUCUCCUGCUUGGUACAGAAGAAGAGCCUGUGGAGUGGAGCGAGCUCACUCCUGGGCAACGAAUAGAAGCGGUUCAUUCCGUGACGGAUUGGUUGUUCAUCAACCCACACAACAUCAGGAAGAAGAUGAAGGAUGAGGAGAGUGCUUACCUCUGGCGCGUUGAGCCCAUAGGAUAUGACGCCAAGAAGAACGCGUACUGGCUAUUCGACGACAACCGUCUCUGGAUCCAACGUACCCCUCCCAAACCAAAAGUCUCACACAAGAAGAAGGAGAAACCCGCCCAACCACCGGCGAAGAAGCAGAAGCUCAGCGCCUCCACCAGCAAAGCAAAGACCCCCGCGAAGAGUUCUACCCCUGCCCCCGCUGCACCGAGAGGCAAGCAAGCGGAGACACCGCAGCCUAGUGGUCGAUAUCCGAAGCGUGCUUCUGCAGUUAAACCUCCCCCUCCUAGUCCAUCUAAGAGCCCCCUUCGGCCCCGAGCUAUGGGUAUACGCCAAAGCUCGCGGUUGAGAGGCAAGGUGGAAGACGAGGUGUGGCAGGAGAUCCCGGAAGAGUGGCUCAAGGAGAGCGACACGUCUGUGGACUCGGUGCACCUUGAGAAAGAGGUGGUUAAUGGAAAUGGGACAGGGCGGAAGCGACCUCUGGAAGAGGAUGGCCCGGAAGAAGACACAGACUCGGAUUUGACAGAUCUUUCGGAUGAGGAGGACCAGGACCAGGGCAAGCAAGAGAAGCGAGAAAAAGAUGGAGACGUCGAGAUGAACGAUGUGUGUAACGAGAACCAGAAUGUCAAGGACGAGCCUCAGCAUGAGCAGGCGAAUAUGUCCGCCGCCUCAUCUUCUCUCUCUUCCCUUCCCGUUACGCCGCCUCCACCACCUCGGACUAUUAAUGGCGUUGUCGUCCCCGCCGACUUUGUCGAGUGGGAAACCAUCGCCGUCACCCUUUUCCAAUGGGAGCAUGUCGCCGAACGAUUCGAAAAAUCCACAAAUAGGGACGAGAAGGCUUUCCAUGCUUCGCUUGUUGAGGAAGUCGUCCCUCGUGUCCUGAAGGAACUGCGGGAAAUCGAGCGACUCAAACGAAAGGAGGAGCUUAUGGCUACUCGGAAGCGAAGCAGCCGGCUGCAAAUGAAAGAGCUCGAAGCAGAAACACGUCGGUUGGAAGAACAGAAGCGUGCCGAGGACGAGUUUGCCAACGCGCGCAAUAAACGUGCUGAAGAGCGGGAGAAGAGGCAGGAAGCGGAGAGGUUGGAGAAGGAGAAGAAGAUGCUGGAGAGGGAACAGAGAGCACUCAAGCGGGACAUGUGGCAGCCGCCUGAGGAUGCCACACCUAACCAGGCCAGUGGAGACGAGGCCAAGCUCGAUGUGGAGGAGACCAGUUCUGCUGCCGAAGAGGCGAAGGAGGGCCAGAAGCCAAGAGUUCCGAAAGCGGAGGAGAAGUGGGAGCUUGAUUGUGAAAUCUGCGGGAAGAAAGGAUGGAAUGUCGAUGAUGGGAAGAAGAUGGCCUGCUGCGAGACGUGCGGUAAAUGGCAGCAUACCGCAUGUCACGAUGCGGCGGACCUCAAGGCUGGCAAGCAGAAACGGCGCUGGGCACAAGUCACCUUCAAGUGCAAAGAAUGCAGGAAUAAGCACCGGCGCGAGCUGUAUGCUAAGAGACAGGAGGUGAAGAAGGCAGAGGAGGAGAAGGCCGCCCUUGCUGCUCCGGCUGGCCAGCCCCGCGCGAAUGGUGAUCUGAAAGUCCAUUUGACCAUUCCCAAGACGCCAGUUGCACCUCCGAAGGUCCCACCCGUCAAUGGUGUCACCCAACCGUCGCAAGGCAAUGCUAAACGACCAGCAUCCGCUCCCCGCACGCAGACAUCUCCCAAGGUGCCAACUACUAAUGGUUAUGCCGGUCUCAUAGGCCAAAGCACUCCUCAGAACCACUCUGCCAUUCAGCCUGCAGCUCGCCCGCCUCAUCUUCCCGUCGACCAUCGUACAUCUGCCUCGCAUUCUCCUCCGAUACCUCCACAGCCCUUUAACGGCUACAACCCCGCUGUAGGGCAGUAUCCUCCUGGUUAUCCGGGCCGAUACAAUACGUUCUCCCCUUCCAUGGGAUACCCGACAACGAAUAGCGGAAGCCACUCUCCGCAUACACCGCACGCCGCUCAAGCCCCUCCCCCUGCACAGUCAAGCGUUCCGCACUCGUCUCCAAAUCAACAGCAUUCGCCAAAUUCGCAGCAGACUUUCCAGUUUCCGUAUAGUCCUGGGUACGGCUCACCAGGUUACGCGUACGGUUUCUCCCGCGGUCCCCCCAACACCUUCGCGUCUCAAGAACAGCAGCAGCAGUACUACCAGCAGUAUUAUCAAGCGUAUGGAGCCGAUCCAAGAUAUGCUGCGUACGCUGCGGCAUAUCAACCGACAAAGCAGCCGUAUGCGGUUCCACCUGCUGGUGCAAACGCCUCCUCCCCCACCUCUGCACCAGUUCAAAUUACCCCGGCAACUAACGGUCGUCUCUCACCUUCCGCUGCGAGGCCACCCGUGACCAGCAUUGCAUCCGCCCAAUCUAUCCAACCCUCGCAUACUCCUACACCAGUUCCUUCGGCAGCUACGGGACCACAACAGACUGCUCAAACACCCAUUCAAGUGCAGCCACUUCCUGUUCCUGUCUCUGCACCUCAAAGUGGAGGAAGUGUCUAG